AUGAAGAAAGAGACGGGUUUUGAUCCAGAAUUUUUCGAAGAAAACAUCAACGCAUCUUUCACUGGUGUCUGCAGAGCUAUUACGAGCAUCGACUGUCCUGCCAUCUUCCACUGGUCGCACUCGGCCCAGCACGAGCGUUGGGCACAUCUUAUUUCCGAGAUAUCAGGCGAUAUUACACUCUUGUCGAAGAUCGCGAAAACGCCACUGCAGCAAACAACGUUUGAUGAAAUGCAAAAAAUCACAACUGAGCCGAGCCAGAGGACAGUUUUUAAGAACAUUUUCGUCAAGAGCCUGGAGCGCUCGUGUGUCUAUUCCGAGAAAAUAAGAUCUACUCGUGUUGAAGUAAAUGGGGAUUCUUAUUGGACACUUUCCGCUUACGCAGUGAAUGUCGACAGCCUCGGAGGCGUUCCUGAAUACCUCGACGAGCAAAAUUUCAGCGAUUUCACUACAGCUGUCCAGUCGAUCGCCGACUCCUAUCUUCAGGAAUUCACGAUGGCCUACAAACUCGACGGCAACACUGGUGUCUGGAAUGAUGAAAACUUUAAACUUUGGGACUACAAGCUGAGCAACCCCGAGAAUACGUACAACACAAGCAUUUUAAAAGCCGGAGAGCUCUGUAGAUUUUCCUUGCAGCCUUCGAAAAAUGUUUUCUACGAUGAUGACGAAUAA